UUAGAAACAGUAUUCUCUAAUCACAGUUGCAAAGACUUUUCUGAACCUGCAGUCUCCUUUACUAAAAAGUCCAGCUAGAUCCUAUUCCACCUUCUAGCUACCUUCUCCUUUUUUUUUUUCUUCCGAUUUACCCCUCCAACCCCCUCCAUCACAAUGGCCUCAACUGAAAGGAAAACGUUUACCAUCGGGACAAGAAAAUCUCAGCUUGCUCUCGUACAAACUGACCUUGUUCGAAAUGCUCUUCAAGCUGCUUUCCCUGACUGUGAAUUCAAAGUCCAUAGUCGCGAUGCUGCUGGAGACUUGAAUAAAGUUACUCCUCUACGAGCAUUCACGACGAAAAACCUCUGGACUGAAGAACUUGAGGAAUUGCUCAUAGCGAAGCAAGUAGAUCUCGUGGUGAAUUCAUUAAAAGACAUCCCAACGCAAAUUCCAACUGCCUGCGUACUGGCAGCUGUUAUGAAACGCGAGAAUCCAAGAGAUGUGCUAGUUUUAAAAAAGGGCCUACCUUCGAUGACUCUGGCUGAACUGCCACCAGGGUCAGUUGUAGGAACAUCGUCAGUCCGACGCAUUGCUCAACUUGCACGACACUACCCACACCUGAAGGUUCAGGAUGUCAGAGGCAAUAUAGACACCCGGUUAGCAAAGCUCGACGCUCAAGAUGGGCCAUUCAGCUGCUUGAUACUGGCUGCUGCUGGACUGCUAAGGACCGGUCGGGAGGAUCGCAUCUCUCAAUACUUGGAUUCUACAAACGGAAAGAUGCUUCAUGCCGUUGGCCAAGGAGGCCUGGGAAUUGAGAUCCGCACCGACGAUGAGGUUAUGAGAGAUAUGCUCAACAAGAUUGGAGAUGUAAAGACUACAUAUGCAUGCCUCGCAGAGAGGAGUUUACUGAGAAUCCUUGAAGGUGGUUGUAGCGCACCCCUUGGUGUUGAAACGGAAUGGAUUCAAGAUGAUAAUGGGAAGGAUCUCCUCAGAUUGAGGUCAAUCGUGACGAGUGUUGACGGAAAGGAAGCCGUGGAAAUCGAGGAAGACGGUGAUGUCCAGUCGGACGAGGCGGCGGAGACGUUUGGAAAAGAGGUAGCGUUGAAGCUUGUUGCCAGGGGGGCCGGGAAGAUACUUAAAGAUAUUCAAAACGACAAAAAAGAGCAAUAAACGAGGAGAUAUUUAUUUCUUCUUGAUUAUUGCAGGUAAAGUGUAUACAACUCAAGAUGAGACC